UUCACUUUGGUGUACAACAGAAACUAACACAGUAUUGUGAAGCAAUUAUACUCCAAUAAAGAUGUAUUAAAAAAAAUUCUUGUUUCCCAGCAGGCUCUGCGGUGUAAGAGCUAAAGAUGUCGGAAAGUGAUGUUAGAGGUAAACAGGUCAUGUAGCCUUGGCAGCAGCUGAGGCUGGUGGGCAGGGCUCCGGCUGCCACCGACAGGAGAGAGGAGCUGCCUACCGCCGUCAGCCUGGGUUGCAGGCACAGCUGCUGCGGGGUGGACAGCCAUGGCCAAGGACAUCCUCGGUGAAGCAGGGCCGCACUUUGAUGAGCUGAACAAGCUGCGGGUGUUGAACCCAGAGGUUACCCAGCAGAUCAUAGAGCUCAAGGAAGAGUGCAAGGACUUUGUGGACAAAAUUGGCCAAUUUCAUAAAAUAAUUGGUGGUUUAAUUGAGCUUGUUGACCAACUUGCAAAAGCAGCAGAAAAUGAGAGGAUGAAGGCCAUUGGUGCUCAGAACUUGCUCAAAUCUACAGCAAAACAGAGAGAGAAAAAAAAAAAAAAAAACAAACACAGAGAGAAGCCCAACAGCAGCAACUCCAGGCACUAAUAGCAGAAAAGAAAAUGCAGCUUGGAAGGUAUCAGGUUGAGUAUGAAGCUUUGUGUAAGGUAGAACCAGAACAAAAUGAAUUUAUUGACCAAUUUUUUUUUCAGAAAUGAACUGAAAAUUUCAUUUUCUAGCAGAAGGGCAAAAAAAGAAAAGAAAAACUACAACCCCCAAACCAAAAAAACCUCUGUACAAUUCCACUGACUUGACUAAUGACCCAAGUGUGUCGUGUGACAUGGUGUGUGAGGAAUGCAGCAACUCUGAAGGAAAUAAAACAAAUCUGGGGGAGCUUGUUUCAGAUGUCAGUGCCUAUCUGCAGGCGAACACCCAGUGGCCAUUGUGGUCCAGGUUCUCACCUCUUGCAUUCUCAGUCUGAGCUGAGCAGCCUGUAAACUUUUUUUUUUUUUUGUAAAUUCACAAAGCCUUGGAAGG